GGUAUUUUUUCUCGUUGUUUUACAAAUCUGGUCAGCUGAAUUCAAUAUCUAACAUUGACAGUUUUAAAGUAUGUCUAUCUUGAAAACAAUCUGCCUUUUGUUCUUCGUUUGUGGAAUAUUUGCCGAGAAAUUAACGGAUGGAGUCUGUGUUACCAAGAUUGUGAAAGGUAAAUUCGUCUCUACUGGAGAUUGCCAGAAAGAUGUAGACGCAUCUGAAAUUGUCAGAAUGAUCAAGAGGAACUUUGAAAAGAAGCAACGAGUUGAAAGUACCUGCGACGUCACAUACAAUUCAAAAUGUUUCCGAAUGCUAGUAUAUUCUGUAGUGAACAUCACUUUUACUGAUGCCCGAUCUCUAUGCAAAAAUUAUAACUACGGCACCGUUGCCGACAUUUACGACUUCAGUCAUUAUAACAUGUUGCUAUCUCGUAUACGUUCGAUGUAUAGCGAUGAUUUGCCAGUUGCUGUCUGGACAAGUGUGAGAUAUCAGGAUGGUCAAUUGGUCUCAACAUCUGGUGAAAAUAUACCCAUAGCAAGCGAUAUAUGGUAUCCAGGGUAUCCCUAUUUAGAUGCAUCCCGAACAAAUAUAGCUUUCCUUGCGAGAGAAAAUCCCAAUGACGAAGCUCACGGAAUUUACAACGUCGAACCAUCGAUGCUAUAUAACGGUGUCAUUUGUGAAAUAUAAAAAUUAUCAUAUUGUAAUCUUAUACCUGUUCCAUCUCAUCUACAUUGUUUGAAACGACCCAAUCGACUAAACGUGAUAGCAGUAUCUUUGCUCAAAAACAAUAUGUAUAUAUAUACAUAUAUAUAUUUGACAUAAAAGAGAAAGGAAAGAAAGAGCAAUCCCUGAGUUAUGUUAUUCAAAUCUAACAACAAACCAACGUUGUUUAAUCAGUCAGACUUCAUUAUUAUACAUGAAACAUAUUAUAAUUCUUCUCAGUCCAUUUCUGUUGAUUAAUUAUGCCAGCGGUAUUAAUUAUGCCAGCGGCACGCGCGCGCCGCGGCGAGUUUCGGAGUGUGUCGCGAAAAUUGUGUUGGACAGAAUUGAAUUGUGUUGAACAUAACUGAAAUAUGAUUGAAUAUUUUACAUAUUGUAUUAUUUAUAAAUGUUUUAUCGUUUCGUAUUUUUAUUGCUGUGUAUAUGAAUCAAUAAAUUUGCUUUUACCUUUCUGUGUCGUUUUCUGUUACGUGUAGCAGCCUCUAUUGUUACGUAACACAUAAGAUAGAUGCUACUUGCUUCAAUUUCGUGAGUUGCAGUUUAUUUAUCUGCUAAAUCGAGUUUAGCCAACAUGAGUGAUUCUUUAGGGCAGGCAUUCAGAGGUCAAUCAGCCAUGGGCAUGGUUACCAUAUCGUGCUUAUUCAUAGCUUGCGUCUUAUAAAGUAACAUGUGCUUAUUUUAAAGAAAAGUGCUUAUUUUUAAAGAAAAGUGCUUUUUUUUAAAGAAAAGUGCUUAUUUUGUCUUAGAAACACAGAUGACUGUUUCAUGUCUUCAUGCGUACAAGGCUACCGUGGAAAAGAGGACAAUGAUGCGUAAUCACGCUUUCCUGCGUUAUUAUUGUGACGUAACAAUUAUCCACGUUCGACGUGACCUCAUGUCUCGCACUUGUUCACUCUCAGAGCGAACAUUUUCUGUUUGCGGUACUACCAGGCAAACUGUGACACAGUUACAAUAAAUGAUUCCACUUUUUAGUGAUACUGUUUUCAAGGACAAACCAUAAUUUAGACAAUGAGUAGACAAGCGUAAGCACGAGUUCCGUUUCGAAUAGGAAAAGAAAUUUCUUAAUGUCAAACAAAGUCGAAAGGCUAAUAGCUAUGCUCACUGCUGUUAUUGUGACCGUGAUAUCAACCUAGAAGCCAUGGGGAAAACAGCAAUUAGCGCGCCCAAUACUACCACAAAACACAAGAAUUUUGCAAGAAGCAUUGCGGGAAACCAAAGUAUGAAGACUUUGGAGAUUGCGCGUGGCUGUGAUUUCGUGCCUUUCCAUGGCUUUUGGCGAUUUCGGGACCGCAUGAAAUCUUGUUCGAAGCGACUUCGAAUGAAAAAACUUGAGUGGAUAAAAGAUCGGGAGUGCGGAAGAGACUCGUGUAUGACUUCUUUCUCAUUUUUAUUCCGC